AUGAAGGAGAAAGACCGCUCGCCAGUGAGGAAACGCUCUCGGAUGCCAGAUGACUGCAAAGAGCGAAGAGGAAGUCUCCCUAGCAGGCGGACGGGAGAGUUGUUGGCCGUCGCCAGCAACAACGGCAACAGCUACGUCUCCGCCUCGUCCAGAAGAAGCUUACCGGGUGACAAAAGAGACAGUUAUUCGGACAUUCGGCCCGGUAAUGGCUAUGACUACGGAGUUCCGCCCGCCGUCCUCGCUUCACGCAGCGACCCGCGCUCCUCUGAAAGUGAGUACAAUACUCUUAAAAUUAGUGAACUGGGCUCGCAUCUGAACGACGAAGACAUCGAAGACGGACUAUUUCACGAGUUUAAGAAAUUUGGAAACGUGAGUGUGAAAAUGAGUCGGGAAAACGGCGAGAAGGUGGCGUUCGUCAACUUCCGGAAGCCCGAAGACGCCCGAGCGGCGAAGCACGCUCGAGGCCGACUGGUGCUCUUCGACCGGCCUCUCAAAGUCGACCUGGUGUACAAUAACCGGCGCAGGAGCCGCUCCCCGCUUUCCAAAGACAAUUUCCCAACAGGACAAAGACACGUGCCCCCGCAGAGAACACUUUCGCCUACCGGUUUGGGCUACAGGGACUUCCGGUUACAGCAAAUGGCGCUGAGCAAUCUCCCUCCUCCUCCCCUGCCUCACCUCACAGAUGUUGAAAGAGAUGCAUAUUACUCCCUAUAUGAUGCCAGGAAUCACGCUGCAUUCCUUCCAGAAUUCCACAAUGACAACUCGUCGGCGGACGACCAGAGGGCAAACAGGACGUUGUUCCUCGGCAACCUGGACGUCAGCUUGACAGAGAAUGACCUGCGGCGAGCGUUUGACCGCUUCGGCACCAUAACCGAAGUAGACAUUAAGCGAGCGGCGCGCGGCCAGAACAAUUUUGGUUUUGUCAAGUUUGAAAAUCUCGACAUGGCCCAUCGAGCCAAAGUGGCCAUGUCGGGGAAAAUGUUGGGCCGCAACCCCGUUAAAAUUGGAUAUGGCAAGCCCACACCCACGACCAGGCUGUGGGUGGGAGGCCUCGGCUCGUGGGUUUCCCUCUCCGCCCUGGCUAAAGAGUUUGACCGCUUUGGCACCAUCAGGACUAUAGACUACAGGAAAGGCGAGUCCUCGGCUUACGUUCAGUAUGAGAGCCUGGAUGCCGCUCAGGCCGCGUGCGCCAACAUGCGAGGCUUCCCUCUGGGCAGCUCCGACAGGAGACUGCGAGUAGACUUUGCUGACACCGAGCAGCACUACAAACAACAGCAGCAGUACAACCAGCCCCCUCUGGCCCUCCCGCAUUACGACUCUAUCACUCCGGCGUUCGAUCACCGCUUCACCGACCCCAUCAGAGAGCGGUCGCCGUUGCUACCUCCUCGCUUCCGUGAGCGUGAGCUUUCCUCUCCGGCCGAAUGGUCCGGCUUGGGUGUCCACGAAAGGACGCGAGGGUCCGGCUUUCCGGCUCACCUGGAGAGACUUUCCCGUGAGCCCUGGACGGCGGAACGCGAGUGGGAGUUACAAAGAGGCGAAGGGAGUCGACGAAGACGACACCCGGAGCAUGCGUGGCGCACGGAUCGAUCCCCUGACCACAACGGCACGCCGCGAAAUGGCAGCCCAGUGAACGGAGGCGGCGAUAGCGAUGGCGAACGCUUGCCUCGCUCCGGUCGCCCAUCCCCGACGAGAGGGCGCCCAAACAGUCAGGACCGGAGAAGAAGACCUCUCAGCCCGACCGCAGCCCCCUCAAACUCCCAGAGGGAGCGUAAGCGCAAACCUGCCGACAAACUGAAGAGCCCGGCGGGGAAGGACGACGUCUCCGGACGCACAUCCGCUCAGAAGCUGAGUCACGUGUGGCAAGGUGUCCUCCUCCUGAAGAAUAGCAGUUUCCCCACAGCGCUGCACCUGCUGGAAGGCGACAUGGCGGUGGUCUCCAGACUGCUCCAAGAGGGCUCCAAGGACGUCCAAGCGUCUCAGCUGAAAAUCAGCCAGCGCCUACGGAUGGAGCCGCCCAAGCUGGAAGAGGUCUCCCGCCGCAUCAAGGCCGCCGGACCCGGCGGCUACUCCGUGCUCCUAGCCGUGCCCGUCAAAUCAGACGACGCGCCUCCAGACGGUAAAGACUCGAUGGAGCGCCCGCUGAAGAACCUGGUGUCCUACCUGAAACAGAAGGAAGCGGCCGGCAUUGUCAGCCUCCCCGUGGGCGGUGCCCGCGCCAAGGAGCACAGCGGCGUGCUUCACGCGUUCCCUCCAUGUGAGUUCUCUAUGCAGUUUAUGGAUGAGUCUGCAAAAGCUUUUGCUAAAUCAGAUGAUGACUACAUGGUGAUGGUAAUUAUUCGAGGGGCAUCGUGA